AUCAGAAUCGGCGCGAGGACAUUUCCAUUCCUUUCCAUUUCGUUUCCUUUUUUGCGAUUUGCGUUGCAUAUGCGAGGGCUAAUUAGCAUGCUGCAUUUCCAGCAAUCAGAGUAGAGCGCACAAUAGGAAUAAUAACGCGGAAUGGAAGAGGAUGUGUAUGCCUCGCUAGGUGCCUACAACGACAGCGGCGGCGUGGACUGGAGCAGCUCGGAGCACCUGGUCCUGUGGGAGGAGGAUGAGGCGCAGCGAGCGGCGGUUAAUGCCAGCAAUCGGCAUAAUCAACUGCAGAUGGGCAGGUUGAAUGCCACCGGCAAUGCGAGCAUCACAGCGACCUUCGAGGAUGCACCCUUCGAUGCGAACAACUACUGGGCCCUUUUGGCACUCGUCCUCGUCCUGGGAACGGCGGCCGGGAAUAUCCUGGUCUGCCUGGCCAUCGCCUGGGAGCGGCGGCUGCAGAAUGUGACCAACUACUUCCUCAUGUCGCUGGCCAUCACCGAUCUUAUGGUCGCCGUGCUGGUCAUGCCGCUGGGCAUCCUUACGCUGGUGAAAGGCUACUUUCCCUUGGGCUCGGAGCACUGCCUGACCUGGAUCUGCCUGGAUGUCCUCUUCUGCACGGCCAGCAUCAUGCACCUGUGCACCAUCUCCGUGGACCGGUAUUUAUCGCUGCGAUACCCAAUGCGAUUUGGCCGGAAUAAAACACGUCGGCGCGUCACGCUCAAAAUUGUUUUCGUUUGGCUUCUGAGCAUCGCCAUGAGUUUGCCCUUGAGCUUGAUGUACUCGAAGAAUCACGCCUCGGUGCUGGUAAAUGGAACUUGCCAGAUACCGGAUCCGGUGUACAAGCUGGUCGGCUCCAUUGUGUGCUUCUACAUUCCGCUGGGCGUGAUGCUGCUGACAUAUUGCCUGACCGUCCGCCUUUUGGCCCGGCAGCGCCAGAAUCUGGGUGGCGGACAGCAGACGGCGGCGGCCACUCCCGGAUGGGCCAGUGGAUGGCUCGGCCAGGCACCGGCCUUGGAACGACGAUGCACCUGGCGACGCCUUUUGAAGCCGGGUCCGGGUAACGCCUCCUCGGUGCUGCACGCCCACUCGGCCAAUUCCACGGAUACGGAUCUUAGCACUUUGGACAACCACGAGCUCUGGCUGCCCGAUUCCAGCAUAAAGGAGCCCACGCCCACGACCAUGACGGCCCUGCAUCAGUUCGGCGCCGAGAUGCUGAAGCUAUCCCGUGGCCUGGAGUCGGUGGCCUCGUCAUCCACCACCGGUUCACCCACCAAAUCCGAAUUUUCCCUAUCGAACCACCUGCAGCUGCAGUACCCCAGCAGCCCCCAGCGAUAUGCCACCCACCAGCAGACCCACCAGCAGUCCCACCAUCAGCAGCACCAUAACCACCAGCAACAUCCGGGCGGAGCUUACCACCAGCAGGCAUCCCCCAAAGGUCGCCACGGAGCCACAACUCUGGGCUUGUCCACCACCACGCUGGGCAUCGAGCGGGAGAGCACCCGGAAUUCCCUGGCCAGCAGUCGCAUGGGUGGCGAACAGAGCGAUGGGACUCUUUCACAGCUUUCCCAGCGACUGCGAGCGUAUAAAAAGCGACGAAGAGCUUCGUCAGCAGUUCCAGGACGUGACCGACGUUCCGGUCAUGAGGACGCAGACGAGGAUGUGGACACGCCCACCUCAACGCUGCGGCGACACAAGCGCCACAAUAGUCUGCCCAAGAAUGCACUCUAUCAGCGACACACCACUGUACAGGAGAGCCUCGAUGACGACGACGAGGAGGAGGAGGAGAGUCCGCAACAGAAGGAUCAGCAGGCGAAGACAAAGAUCUGCCACUCGGACACUGAGCUAGAUCCGCCGCAGAAGGCGAAGCAGUGCCACAUAGCUGGCCAGAAUCACCAGUCGGACUACCUGCAGCUGCCCUCCGUUUGCACCUGUCCGUAUUUCGGGGACAGACCGCUCCAGAAUUGCGUGAAAUCGGCGGAGGUGAAGAUUAUUUCGUCCGCCUUCCGAGUGACCACCACCACGACGGCGGUGAGCAGCUCGCCCAGCGAAAUGGAGCUACUCAUGUGCAGUAGUGGCAACAAGAAGUCAAUGACCUCCAGUGUGAGUGCCGGCACAACCGGUGGACCGGCAGGAGCAGGUCCUGCCACAGGUGGCUCCACCCUCAGUCCAAACUCUGCCCACAAUCAGGGCAGUUCGCUGACUGUUCAGAGCGAUGGUAGUGGGUACUUGGCUGCGCCGGGCACUCCAUGUCCUGGCCGACGAAAGCUGAGCAUCUCAAAGACCGCCUCAGUGGUUACGUGGGAUUCCAGUCGUCAUCGGCGGCGGGGCAGCAGUUUUGGUGGAGUGCGAACAUCCCUGCUGCUGACACCCACCAAAACGGCGACCGCCUUCAACUCAUCGACACCCUUGAGAAGAUCGGCCACCUUGAGGAGCCACCAGAACAUGAACUACCAGGGAGCAGGCGAUUGUGGGGCCAAGACCAGGACGACCACCUCAUCGCCCUGCAUGUUGCAGCGACAGCAGACGGUGCGAUCUCAUCACUCGAGAAACUCCAGCGUAAUCUCCAGGAACUCCUCGCGCCACGGCCGGAUCAUCAGGCUGGAGCAGAAGGCCACCAAGGUGCUGGGCGUGGUGUUCUUCACCUUCGUCAUCCUGUGGUCGCCAUUCUUCGUCCUGAAUUUACUGCCCACUGUGUGCGCGGAAUGCGAGGAGCGAAUCAGCCACUGGGUCUUCGAUGUGGUCACCUGGCUGGGCUACGCCAGCUCCAUGGUGAACCCCAUCUUCUACACCAUCUUCAACAAGGUGUUCCGGCAGGCGUUCAAGAAGGUCCUGUUGUGCCGCUAUUCCAGCACGAGUGCCUGGCGACCGAGCAGAUAGCAGACGCCCGUUAAACCGGGCAAACUCAAGACGAAUACCCACAAGUGCGCCAGUGUGGAUUUUCAGGAUUCCACUGCUCCGGUGCGGGGCGUUCUGAAAAGAAGUGUGGCAGUGGCAAGUGACAUAUAAAUACGGGAAGGAGCGGUCAUUUCGCCUGCGGUCUGCCGCACAACGUGGCGUAUACGCAAUCUCGAAGGGACGAUAAUGCCCACUGCUCACACGUGUGUCCUUGGGGCUUAAAUGCUUAUGUGCCUCUAAUUAAUUUCAAAUUCAAUUUGCAUGCCAUUGAAAACACAUGUCCCAGGCGUAAGAAGUGGAGCUAAGUGAAUUAGAUUGAAGUGGAGUCGGAUCCCGCAGGAUUGCCAAGGGCUUGGGAUUAAACUGGACGCAGACAACAACAUAACGACCAUGGUACUCACCCCUUGUGGUUCCUUUGCAAACCACCAUUUCCCUUAGCCUUCAACAAACGGUGAGGAUGCAAUUAAUUGCGGAAUGUUUGUUUUCGAAUAACGUUAUGCCGGCAAACACAUUUGCUUGGCAAGUUCGUGUCAGUCUGUAGAUACAUUUAACCAUUUACCUCGAAACUCCCACUUUUAGUUUCACUACGUACUCUUAAAAGCAUAAAAAGUACUCUAAUUUAAGGAGAGUAUGUCGAACACUAAUUUUGGUAAAUUUAAAAAUUCCUAAAAAGGCGCCAAUGUCGCUGCAAACUGCAAACUGCGAUCGAUAAACGCUUUUUUGUUCGACUUUUGGCAAUUAUGCAUUAAAUUUAUGGCAAAUUCGCUAGCCGCAAAUGUACAAAGAAUUUCAUGGGCAUCCAUUAAAGAAACCGACACGUACACAAAUCCACGGAAAUUUGUGACUUUUGUUGUUUGUUUGUG